UGGCAACAUUACUGUAAAGACGUCUUCGUUUGGGUGAAGAGGUGGUUGCGGACGGAAAACCAGUUUUUUGUACUCAAAUAAGCUCAAUUAACAUCAUAUUUACCACAAUGAUAGGUAUUUUAAUAGCUAUUCGAAAUUCAGUAUCUAAUGAGAAAGAACAAUCCAAUUAAGCUACUAUUUUCAGACUGUCAAUAUUGACAAGCAGUCCAGGAUGUCUAAGCGUGGAGCAGAUGAUGGGGGCAACGGCAGUGGCCAGCCCCCGAUCAAAAAGGUUCAUUUUGAACCUCACCUUAUUGGGCCAGUUUCUACUCUGGAGGAAAUGGACAUCAAAGUCCUUCAAUUUCAGAAUAAAAAGUUAGCUCAGAGAAUAGAACAGCGCCAUAGGUGUGAAGCAGAAUUGCGGGCUCGGAUUGAACAGCUAGAGAAACGACAAACUCAGGAUGAUGCCGUUCUGUGUGUUGUCAACCGAUACUGGAACUUGCUGAAUGAAGAUAUCAGGGUGCUGCUGCAGAGAUUUGACGCUGAGACUGCUGAUGAGUCGGAAAAUAAAAAUGAAAAUGAAGCAACAACAUCAUUCCUUAUGCAAUUAUCAACUUGGGACAAGGAAGAACUGGACGCCCAGUUAGCCAACCGGGUGCAAGUGAGCAAGCGAGCGGUAGCCAAGGUUCUGCAGGCGUUUGAUCGGCUGCAACAGAGGAAUGAAAAGAUAUGGAGGGCUAUUAAAGGAGAAGCCGAGGAGGGCGCCCCAACCCUGGACGAAACCAUCCGCGCGACCAACGCCGAGGUGACGGCAGAGAGCCGCCGCCUGCAGGCGCAGUGCACCGCGCUGCAUGAGAAGCACCACGCCAUGACGCUCCGAGUCGCUCAGCUGCAAGAUGCUGUGAAUAGUCGGGAUACGGAGAACGCAGAGCUGAAGAACCAGAUUGAUGAUUUGCAGUACGAAUUGUUGAAGAUCCGCUCCCGCAACGACAAGCUAGAAAACCACCUGGCCGAGGCCAUAGAGAAGCUGAAGAGCUACCACCAGUCCGGCGCCCCCCCCACCGCCGCCGCGCCCGCGCCCGCCAUCUCCACCAUCGCCGCCGCCAAGCUCGAGGACAUCGCCGCCGAGUUGGAGGAGCAACGGGAGUUGGCUAAUAAUCGGCUGGCGGAGUUGGACCGACUUCACAGGCAACACAGGGAUGCUUUGAAAGAGGUUGAGAAGCUGAAAAUGGAUAUCCGACAACUGCCAGAAUCGGUGAUAGUGGAGACGACAGAAUACAAAUGUCUUCAGAGCCAGUUCUCAGUGCUGUACAACGAGUCCAUGCAGAUGAAGACCGCGCUCGACGACACGCGGCUGCAGCUGCAGAACGCCAAGAACCUGCACAUGCGCCAAAUAGAGAUGAUGGAGAGUGAAGAGCUAGCCAGACAAAAAGCCCUCAGAGCCGAGAUGAUCCAACUAGAGGAUGUUCUCGGGCAACUGCGUAAAGAGUAUGAGAUGCUCCGCAUAGAGUUCGAGCAGAACUUAGCCGCCAACGAACAGACCGGCCCCAUCAACAGGGAGAUGAGGCAUCUCAUCACCUCGCUCCAGAACCAUAACCAGCAGCUGAAGGGGGAGGUGCAUCGGUACAAGCGGAAAUAUAAGGAUACUAGUCAAGAGUUAAAUAAGGUGCGUAAAGAGUUGGAGGAAGCGGGCACGCGGCCGAGCACGACGUCGGACACGCACGAUGAGAAACCGUUAGCCGUCAAGAAGGAGGAGCCUGAUCCAGAGGGCGGGGGCGGGGGCGGGGGCGCGGGCGCGGCGGAGGCCAAGUCCGCGGCCGCCAAGGAGCACGCCCGAGCCCGGCUGCAGGAGCAGGACCUGCUCAUCAAGGACCUCAAGCAGCAGCUCAAGAAAGCGGUGAACGAGCAGAAAGAGCUGAAGCUCCUGCUAGACAUGUACAAAGGCGUGAGCAAGGAGCAGCGCGACAAGGUCCAGCUCAUGGCGGCCGAGCGCAAGGCGCGCCAGGAGUUAGAAGACCACCGCCAGAAGACCAAGAUGAUGCAGGAAAGCAAGCGAGAGCGGCGACUAGCAGAUGAAGAUGCGUUGCGCAAAAUCAAGCAGCUGGAAGAGCAGAAAUAUGAGCUGCAGAAGCAGCUGUCGUGCGCGCGCCCCAACGCGGACCCGCUGCACUUCUCGCGGCCCUUCGCCGGCUCGCAGGAAGAAGAAGCGUUACUAAACGAGAUGGAGGUGACCGGGCAAGCGUUCGAAGACAUGCAGGAGCAGAACUCGCGCCUCAUACAACAGUUGAGAGAAAAGGACGACGCCAACUUCAAGCUCAUGUCGGAGCGGAUCAAGGCCAACUCGCUGCACAAGUUGCUGAGGGAGGAGAAACAGUUGCUGCAAGAAAAGGUGGUGACGCGGGACCAGCAGAUCGAUUCGAUGGGCGCAGUGGCGCGACGGCUGGAGGAGAAGGAGCGGCUCCUGCAGAGCACGCUGUCCGCCGUGGAGAAGGAGCUGCUGCUCCGGCAGCAGGCUAUGGAGAUGCACAAGCGGAAGGCCAUCGAGUCUGCGCAGUCCGCCGCCGACCUCAAGCUGCAUCUCGAAAAAUACCACGCACAGAUGAAGGAAGCUCAGCAGGUGGUCGCGGAGAAAACGAGCGCGCUGGAGGCGGAGGCUUACAAAACUAAGAGAUUACAUGAAGAGCUUGCGGUGCUGCGGCGCAAGGCGGAACGCAUGAAAAAAAUGGAACAGGCCGGCAGCAGCAUGGACGAGGUCUUACUAGAGGAAAUACGAGAGUACAAGGAGACUCUCACCUGCCCUUCGUGCAAGGUGAAACGCAAGGACGCAGUACUAACGAAAUGCUUCCACGUGUUCUGCUGGGACUGCCUGCGCACGCGCUACGAGACGCGCCAGCGCAAGUGCCCCAAGUGCAACGCGGCCUUCGGCGCCAACGACUACCACCGCCUCUACCUCUCCACCUAGACCAGGCCAGGAUCAUGGGUUAGGUAAGGCCGUAGGUGUAGCUGAUCUAUACAGGUGUCUUAGUUGGCUACGUGCGAGCUAUGAGACAACUAAAAGCGUAGACGGCGUAUGUCAUGGCAAAAUAAUGAAUUUUUCAAGUGCAACGCCGCUUUCGGCGCCACCGACUACCACCGCAUCUACCUCUCCACUGAGACCAGCGGAGGGAGAUCGUGGGUUAGCUGAGGCCGUAGGUGUAGCCGAUCUACUAAACUUGCACGUAGCUAAUAGCUUCUGGAUAGCUAUGCGCCGGUAGCUAUGGACUAACUGAGCGGGUCAUCGCAACCUACUUGAGAACACUAUCAGUAGUUCAGAAGUUGAUAAGAGUAGAUAGAGAGGAGGAGUUGAUAUAACUGUUAAGAGUAUGUAUGACGGGUUUAAUCUUGCAGUUCGGGUUUGCGAUGACCAUAAAAAAGGCUACGCACUAGGUCUGUGACCGGAACAGCGUUAGUACUGUUUGAGCGCCGUGGUAUAGUUUGGCGAACUAAUUUGGCACUUGGCGAGAAGUUCUAUCGUAUACCUAAUGGUUGUGUGCUCAAUUGAUCUCGGUGAAAUUGUUUAUUUAUUUACAACAUGAAAUAUAAAAGUGACUACGGCGCUCAUGCAUUCAAGUAACGUCGUUAGGUAUAUUGUAAGAACAAAUAUUGUAUUUAAAAUAUCGAAACACCACUCUUGAUGUUAUUCAACACAUGCAUGAUUGUUUAGAUGUUUGUGUUCCGAUUGUUACUUGACAGCACUUCGCGAAUAAAAUAAGAUUCCUUAUUAAUCGGUAAAAAGUAAUGAAGCAAAACUGAGGAAGUAUCACAAUCACAAGAUGUAUUUAUAGCUAAAUCAAAACGUUGUAGUUGUAAUAUAUGUACUUUUUAUUCUUGUUGAUUAAAUAUCAAUUUUAUUAAACUGCUUCUAUUUGAGUAGCGUCAAGGCCCUGUCGGAGUUAGUGAUCGUUUUUUAAUAAGUGCAUAAUGCAUAAGUAAGAUAUCGUAGAUUACGGUGAAAUUGAAAAUUGUAGUGAAUGAAAAUGAACUGGUAUUUCUAAUACCUACCUACCUAUGUCCAACUGUCAUUGUCAGUUAAAUCGGAACCGACAUCGAUCACCAACUUUGACAUGUUCAUUGUUUAGCUUUCUUAAGCAGGCAAGCUGAUUAAUUGUAUAAAUAUCUGUAAAUUUAUUUUAUAAAUUGAAAGAUAUGAAAUUUUGUCCAUCGAUGUAUAUAGUUUUCACUGUAGGAUGACCAAAUUUCAUACCUUUAAGUAAACUGUAGUGGUAAAUAAUUAUGUAGGUUCAUAACUACUUGAGUUAUAUUCAUUUUGACGUAUGUGGACUAUUAUGUCAAACAUUAUUGCUAUAAUUUAUUGUGUAUUUAAGGAAUGCUUAUGCCAGCACCACACUUCGCUGUAUUUGGCAAAUAUUCGUGUUGCAUCCCUUUUGUUUUGUAUGUCAAAUGAAAGAGAUGCAACACGAAUAUUUGCCAAAUAAGGCGAAGUGUGGUGCCAGCAUUAGAAUGUCACUCGGGAUAUUUUGUUAUUUUUACUGAAUGUGAAUAGUGGCUCUGCCAUCCCGACGACGCCGUGCGUUUUCGACGCACUAAACUAAAGUAUGAGAAUAUCUGAAACAAAACAUUUGUACUGUUAUAUCGGUGGAAUGGGUUAAUUAAUGUUCGAUAUGAAACAAUUUACAAUAUAACCUCUUUAUAAAUUCAAAACAAAAUGUAUAUUUUGAAAGCAAAUAAAACAAAUUUAAAUACAUUUUAUAGUUUUAAGUAAUAAAAUACAAACAUCCUCGAUAAAUAUGAGCGACAGUAUUAUAAACGACCAUUUCUUGUUUUUAAAUUAUUGUUAGGCUCACCAUGCUAGUUCGAUUUUGGGUAUACGUAAGAUUGGAAAGGAAUUUGAUGAUAAGAUAUAAA